GGCCUAACCGCUCUAUUUUGGUUAGCGUGUCCGUAACCUUAAGCUAGGCCUACAUGUUUGGGUGUAUAAAUAGCCUGGUUAGCACAGGCCCACUGGCUCUAUUUACAUUGAGCUUGUGACAGGCUGGCGAGCCGGAGGCGGAAGAGGCCGGACUUUGUGAUUUCUAUUGAUCCUAAAGGACCACUGCUCUGAAAGUCUGAUCCUAACUUGCGAUGGACCAGCAGCACGAUUUGCUCGGCUCUUCACCCAAUAGCCACUACAACCCCAACGCCAUGGCAACCUCCCUCGCUGGUAUGACCAUCAACGACCAUCACCAUGGCAACCAGUUCCACAAGGAGAACGGCGUCGCCGGGGGGCACAUGGGACCCGGAGACGGGCCGAUGAAAGAGGAGUCCGAAGAAGCUUCAACCAAACCAAGCGAGAAUGAGCUAAUAACGGAGACUGAGAGUGCUGAUGUAAAGAGCGCCCUCUCUGAAGCACACGUUGAUGAAGAAACAGCGUUAGAACUUGAGCAUGCUGAGAGCGCCUCCUUUGGUGAGGAGGAGCAGUGCGAGGGGUCCGUGGAUUCUGCAGAAACACAUGGAGAAGCUUCACCACUGUCUGCUCCCGCUGAGGCGAAUGGGCAGUGCGGAGGAGCUACAUCUCCAACAGCUCAACCCAAGACUGACAGUGAUGCUGAGAAACGGACCCCCAAAACACCUCCUGCCAAAACUAGACCCUCUUCCCUAAAGAAACCCUCCACCAUUGUGAAAAAAUCCAAAGUUUCCUCCUCCACUAGCUUUCCCUCAACACCUGUAAGUGCCGUGCUCAAAGAAACGCGGCCAAGGGCCCCAGGUAGUGGCAGGCCUCAUGCUGCUGGCACUAAGAUUCCUGCGAUGACCCCUCCUCAGUCAGUGAAAGUGGAUCCGAAGAAACCAGUGAAGAAUGGAAAAGACUCCCCUAAGACCCCUGAGGCCAGUGGGCAGAGCAGUCCUGGCACCCCUAAAUCCCCCUCUAGCAAGGCUCUUGGUGGAAAACCGCCAGCAGGGAAGGACAUGAAGAAGGUAGCAGUGAUCCGCUCCACCCCCAAGUCUCCUGGCUCCCUGAAGAACCGCUCACCAGCCCCACUAGUUGCUGCGGCCACACCCUUGCCUGACCUGAAGAACGUGCGCUCAAAGAUUGGCUCCACUGAGAACAUCAAGCACCAGCCUGGAGGAGGCCGGGUCCAAAUACUUGAUCAGAAGUUGGACUUUAGUAAUGCUCAGUCUAAGUGCGGCUCCAAUAACAAUUUGAAACAUGUACCUGGAGGUGGCAAAGUCCAGAUUCUGGAUAAGAAGGUGGACUUCAGCAGCGUUCAGGCUAGAUGUGGAUCUAAAGACAACCUUAAGCAUGUUCCUGGAGGAGGAAAGGUCCAAAUUCUUGAACAGAAGCUGGACUUUAGUAAUGUCCAGUCUAAGUGCGGCUCGAAAGACAAUAUCACACAUGUACCUGGAGGUGGAAAAGUUCAAAUUCUCGAUCAGAAGUUGGACUUAGGUAGUGUUCAGGCUAGGUGUGGUUCCAAAGACAAUAUCAAACACACACCCGGAGGUGGAAAAGUCCAGAUUUUUCACAAAAAGCUUGACUUGAGCAACGUGCAGUCGAAAUGUGGUUCAAAGGACAACAUCCAUCACAAGCCAGGUGGAGGAAACAUUGAGAUCAGGUCAGAGAAGCUGGACUUCAAGGCCCAGUCGAAGGUUGGCUCUCUAGACAACAUUGGACAUGUGGCUGGAGGUGGCCAGAGGAAGAUUGAGACGCACAAGCUGAUGUUCCGCGAGCAGGCGAAGGCGCGGACGGAUCACGGAGCUGAGAUCAUCUCUCUGGACGAGUCUCCCCAGCAGCUCAGCACCGUCUCCUCCUCCGGCAGCAUAAACAUGGCCGACCCUCCGCAGCUGUCCACCCUCGCGGACCAGGUGACCGCCUCGCUGGCCAAGCAGGGCUUGUGAUCCCCCUCCCCAGGUCCCAUCUCCUGAAUUCCAAAACGCACCCGUUACAGUAAACGUACGGAUAUACAGAAGUCAUCUCCCCUACUUCAUCACUAAAGGACGUCACUUCACGGCCACGCCCCACGCCAAGUAGCCCCGCCCAUCACUGUUAAGAUUUUAUAACGUCAUUUAUAAUAAGCCUGCGAGUGUUCUUAGAGUCACUUACCCAGGGCUGCUGAAAGUGUCCGCCUGUCUGUACCUCUUAAAAAUCUCUCCCCAGUAUAUCCUUCCUUUGAUAUAUGUGGACAUAUUUUCAGAAACAGUGCUACAUAUUUGUAUGGUUUUUACCUACACGUUAGAUAUGAUAGCCUAAAAUCAUCAGAAUCAUAUUUGUUAUGUCUAUAAAGUGUUAUUUCAAUGCUCCUCACUUUACGAAACAUAGGGAAUCGUAUUUUGAAGAUGGAUUUGAAGCUUAAAUGGUCAAAGAUCAGAUUUGUUCCCAGAAGAACGAGCUACCUUUAGAUAUUUGUCCCAGUUUUAAUAAACGUGAAGUAUUAAGAAGAAAAGAAAAACAGGGUUGUGUAAUGGUAAUAAUACUUAGAGCCAAACGAUCUGUCUGAGAAGAGACUGCAGCUUGUUUAAAGGGGGAGAUCCUUUCAAAACAAGCUAAAUUAUCUGUGCGAUACUUUCCGCAAAAUUUGUUGGGCUUCGUUAAGGAAACGUGGUGUUUGUCAGGCACUUUUUAUUAUUCUGUGGAUAUGAGAUGUAUUUGAUAUGAAAAAAGACACAUGAUUAUCGUCGUGCCUGCUGGCAGUCCAUUGUAGAUGCCUCUCCUACUUUUACGUUUGCUUUACUGCUAACAAAUUACUCACGUUUGUGUAUCUCGAACACUGACACGCAGCGUUCUCACCCUAACACUGUCGUAGCUGAACGUCUGGGGACUAGAGGUUGUCGGUGUAGAAGGUGAACCCUUUGGUUCACAGCGUUGAAAAGCCUUCUCGAUGAACAUUUUGUGGCCACGUUAAUCAUUACAGUCCUGAAUAAGCUGCUGUUUAUUAUUUAGAACUAUGUGCUUUGGUGGUGAGUCAGUCGUAGGAGUAAAUUACGUUCAGAUGAUCGGUUUUGUUGUACACCCGUGUUGUCGAAUCGUGAAUGCAAUUGGAGUAGAUGCCAAGAGUAUAUCUAGGAGCUAUGAUUUGAUCCAAUACUCCGCCAAAAGUGUUUUUCUUUCCACUCUUUGUGCUUAGUCCACGCGCCCUUAUGAAGUUAUAUGAGAAGUAUUCAUUGAAUUAUUGCCAAACGAUUCUCCUCAAGGUCGAACUGCGGUCGGUUGUGCCGUGGCUCGACAUCGUGUAUCUUGUAUUGUCCUUUUGAUCCAUUACGUUGCAUGGAAAUUUGCAUUUCUUUUAACCGUCUUGACUCAACAUGCAGCUACGCUCUAAAAAGUAGGGAUGGGCGUGGUUAUUCGAAUAAGCUCCUCUUCGCAUUCGUUUAUUUAAUCGGUUAUUCAAGUAAGGCAUGUGGAAUAAAAUGAAAUGUCUCGCAAGUUUUAAACGCGUUUUUAUCGAGUAUGUGGUAUUAUAUCUCACGUUAAGCAAUGCGGCAAAGUUUAAGCGUGAAAAUAUUUACAAAAGAUUAGUUAAUUAGCGUAUUAAAUCAUUAAUCUGAAUGAUCAUCUAUGGAUCGCUUCUGCACGCAAAAAACAAAGGUUAAACCUUCGUCGUUUAUUCAUAACAGUAUCAAAUUUGUUCUCAUUGGGGUCUCAAAUACUGUUUGUUUAAAAAUGCAGAUAUUCGAAUAGCAAAUGCUGUGAAGUGCUCAUCCCUACAGCGUCAUUUUACGCCGCCUGGCUGUUCAACUUUUCUAAAAACACGCGCCGAUUUCUCCGCUGCACUGCGCGGUUCAGCUCGCUCUGUUUAAGAUCCUUGCAUGCGUUUCACAUGAGCGACUGCAUUUCCCUUUUCUUCCUGCACCGUUCUGUUUUAUCACGGUGUUAUCCUGUAAUCUGGAUUGUGCUUUUUUAGCAUAUCUAUAGCAGAGGAAGGGAGUUCACUGUCCAACAUAUACCCCACACUUUUCUUUGUGACGGAGAAGGAGCUGUGUAGAUAGCGGUAGUAUAUAAUGUAUGUGUGCUAUAUGUUUAUGACUCAUCUCGAUCUAUUUGCCAAGGAACAUGAGGGCUGAGAAAAAAAAAAAAACGUAGCAGAGCAGUUUCAGCGGUUGUACUCGCACCACGAUAAUCUGCAUGCUCAAGUCGUUUGGUCAUCUUUGUUUUUCUUUUUCGUUUUUUGUUUUCUACACGGAUCGGCAGUGUGUUUCUGAAUGUUUUUCCUUGGACAGGGUUUGUGUACUGUAUGUGGUAUGAAGGGACAGGGACGGGUUUUCGCCUCGGGUGGAAGACGUCGUGUACGAGAGCGCGACGAGGGAAGGGUUUCGUGAUCCAGAAGUGACCUUGUGAGGAAUAACGGCCGGUUAUUUUGAGCGUAGCGUCCAGUUCCACGUCACUGACCCCGAGUCUGGACUGAGGAGGGUUUGCCGUCCUGUCGUCACUGACACCAUUCACCUGUUUGUACGUUUUAGCUUGGGAAUUGUGAUUGUAAAUAUUGUUCCAGUGUGUUUUAUUAAUAACUGAUUCUUGUUAAUGUACAUGUGAAUUUGGAAAUAAAGGAUAUAAAGGAUAACA